AUGGGCGUGAUCAAGUUCUUCGCCUGCAGUCUCGCGGUGCUAGCGGCGGCGUCGCCGGUAGAGCAGCGCAACAAAAAGGCGCCCAAGAGCUUCUUCAAAGAGCUGGGGAACUCGACGUGGGUCAUUGGAAACGACGUGUGGAACGUCACGCAGAACCGCCAGUAUGCAGAUCAGCUGUGGUACAAGGGGAAGGACCGCGUGGGCAAAGCCGUGGGGCAUUAUGUUAGUUACAAUGGUGCAGCGUCAGAUUUGAACUGGACAUCUGCGGCGAUUGCGGAUUCAGGCUCGGAUUGGAUCAACGUCAGAUUCACCGCUAAAGAAGGCGAUUUCCACUGGCUGAUUCGAGAUGGGCUUGCGGGCGCUCACCAGUACUUCAUCAAUCGCGCGUUGCCUACGCUCGGCGAGUUUCGCACGCUGUGGCGCCUGGACAAUGCGUCGUUUCCGCGCGGGUACAAUAAUGUUAAAGAUGGGGAUCUGCCUGCGCUUGCCGAGUAUGCCAAUGCGACGAAUGUGCAGGACGAGACGUGGCAGAAGGCGGAUGGGACGUUUUUGACGAAAUAUGAUUGGAGUGGGAAUUUGAGGGAGCAGCGGGUUUGGGGCGUGUAUGGAAGGGAGGUGGGGAGUUGGUAUGUGCAUGCUGGGAAGGAGUAUUUUAAUGGGGAUCAGACGAAGCAGGAGUUGAUGGUCCACCGCGAAUCCAAAACAGGCGACGCAGUGCAGCUCAACAUGAUCCACGGCACACACUUCCAAGCCACAUCCCGCGACUCCUUCGCGCCCGGCAAACUAUGGGGUCCCUGGCUCUGGUACCUCAACGACGGCUCUGUGGCGGACGCUCACCGCCAGUUCGACCAAGAAGUGCGCUCCUGGCCGUAUAAAUGGUUCGCCGAGACCGACGCGUCUUUCCGCUCGCGCGGCAAAAUCCAAGGUCGUUUACGCCUGAGCGAUGGCCGGCCUGCAUCUGGCGCCACAGUCUUCCUCGGCGACAACAGGAACUCGACGAUCAGUACGCUGGACCAAGGAAAAGGCUACUACUACACGACCUACGCCGACGAGCAGGGGAAAUUCUCUAUCCGCGAUAUUCGAACCGGCACAUAUGCUUUAUACGCGUGGGCAAACGGCGGCGCGAUCAGCGAUGUUACGACGAACCUCACGCACAACGACGUCGUGGUGAGCGAGGGCCAGAACACCAACCUGAAAGACUUGACGUGGGCGGUUCGCGAUCAGCGCAAGCGGGUCUUCCAACUCGGCGCGUUCGAUCGCAAGACAGAUGGCUUUGGCCUCGCGAAUCUUCAGAAACCCUUCGAGCACGCGCGCAUCUCCAAAUGUCCCGCUAACCUCACAUACACCGUCGGCACCAGCAAAGAAGCGGAUUGGUGUUUCGGCCAAUCCACCGUCGGAACAUGGAAGAUCAAGUUCCCCAUCAGAUCCGAAUGCUCGGAUGCGAAGCUCACGCUCUCGCUGGCGGGCUUUAGUCAGGGCUCGAGCGCGGAUGUGUUGCUGAAUGGCAAUAAAGUGGGCAAUAUCACGAGUGCAAGUUUGGUGAAUAGCCAGGAUACUUAUCGGGGGGCGACGCGGUCGGGGGAGUGGCGAUUAUUGGAAUUUCCAGUGAAGGAGGGCGGGUUGAGGCAGGGGUGGAAUGAGCUGGAUGUUAGAGUUACGAAUGCGACGCAGUGGAGGGGAUGGUUAUGGGAUAGUGUUGUUUUGGAGUGGGUUUGA